UCGUGAUCAAAAUCCCUCUGACGAGCAAUGCCGCCCCAACUCCAAUUCAACCCCACCACCAACGAACCCUUCCUCUCAGUCCCCAUCCCAUCUGCCCCCAAUGGCCCGGAUACCACGAGCCAUAUAAUCAUCACCCCCUACCGCCCUGACCAAGAUGUAGAACCUAUACUCACAUCUCUAAACGAUCCCAUCAUCUACAAGUGGUUAAGAACUCCACCGGUGCCAUAUACGCGCGAACACGCGGAAGAGUGGAUCAGAUUGUGCAAAGGGAGCUCAGACAAGCUCAUUCCGGAGAUCGAGGAAUGGCAACGCGGCGAGAGGAAAUGGCUGAGCGGGUGUCCCGUCAGAGCGAUCAGGGAGGUUCGACAGACCAAAGACGGACAGGUUGAGGAGGUGUUGCUGGGAGAUGUCGGCAUUAUCAGAUAUGCAUUUGACGACACCCUGGACGAGAGCGAAAGGGAAGAGAUGAAGCGAAUUAAUGACGAGAGAGAAGUAGGAGACGAGAGAACCAUCUGGACUCUUGGAGAUUGGCUUGCGUCAACGCACCACGGGAAAGGAAUCAUGAGUGCUGUCGUUAGAGUCAUAAUGGACUGGGCCAUGGCGAACCUGAACGUCCACCAUAUGAAAGUCCAUGCUAGUGUUGGGAAUAUCGGCAGCUGUAGGGUGUUUGAGAAGAAUGGAUUUACGCUCACCGACACGGUCCACGAUGCCUUUACACUUCCGGAAAUCAAGGGUGGUGGGAAGGCAAGCUUCUACACUUUGCGGUGGGCCAGAAGCACAGAGUGA